AUUUUGUCUUUAAUAUCUACCUUUGUCUUUAGCAUAUAAAUAUUUAUCACAAUUUUUGUGAUUUUUUUCUCGAUUAAGUUGAGCGUCUGAAUGAGUGAGAAAAAAAGAUAAAAAUAAUUUUUUACCUCCCACGUAUUAGCUUUCUUGGGAUAUGUAUAGAUGUUGAGGUAUACCUAUAUAUGUAGAGCGAAUCUUUACAGUAAUGUAACACACCCGGAACAAAAAAGUAAAAAAAUAUUAAGUUGUGGGAUCGGUUUACAAACAGUUAGCUGUUCCGUUUAUCAGCUGAUUAAGGAAAGAACAUUUUCUAAUACAAAACUAUAUAAAGUUAAUAUCUCGAUAUAAAAUUAUUGAAAUAUACUCAAAUAUAAUUAAAUAAUCUUUAUAUAUAAUUAUUUUAUUCCCAACGUGACUUAUUGUGACGUUAUUUUUUUUUUUGUGUCAAGUCAGUAUAUAUGCAUAAUACAUCCACGACAUGCGUGAAAAUGGUGACAAUUAUAAUAAGGAGAAUAUUAAAAUUACCAUGUGUUUUAUCACCGGUUUAGGCGAUUGACUUCAAAUUACUUAAUUCAAUUAAGUUACAAUAUCAAUAACAAGUAUAUAUUAACUCUUAAAUGAUUUAUUUACUUAAAUGAAAGUGUAAAAUGAACUUAAGUACAGGAAAUACUUAUAGCAAUGGUUUGGUAUAUGCCGGUUUUAAUCAAGAUCAAGGAUGUUUCGCUUGUGGGAUGGAAAAUGGAUACCGUGUUUACAAUUGUGAUCCACUGAAAGAAAAAGAACGUCAUGAUUUUGAAGGAGAUGGAGGUCUUGGAUACGUCGAAAUGCUUUUCAGAUGUAAUUAUUUAGCACUAAUUGGUGGUGGUGAUAAGCCUGUUUAUCCAACUAAUAGAGUUGUCAUAUGGGACGAUAUCAAAAAACUACCAGCAAUUACUUUAGAAUUCAAUGCACCUGUAAAAGGGGUUAAAUUACGACGGGAUAGAAUUGUAGCUAUUCUAGAGGGUGUAAUAAAAGUAUUUACAUUCACACAAAAUCCACAGCAGUUACAUGUUUUUGAGACAAAUCCAAAUCCACGAGGACUCUGUGUACUAUGUCCGAAUAGUGAUAAUUCAUUACUGGCUUUUCCGGGUCGCAAAAACGGUCACAUACAAAUUAUAGACUUGGCGAAUACAGAAAAACAACCUUUAAAUAUUGAAGCACAUGAAACACCAUUAUCAUGUAUCGCUUUAAAUUUACAAGGUACUCGAUUAGCAACAGCAUCAGAGAAGGGUACAUUGAUCCGAGUGUUUGAUACACAAACUGGCACAAUGAUUAAUGAGUUACGACGAGGUGCUAAUCAUGCUAAUAUUUAUUGUAUAAACUUUAAUCAUGAUUCGACGUGGUUAUGUGUUGCAAGUGAUCAUGGUACAGUCCACGUAUUUGCAGUUGAAGAUCAAAAACUAAACCGUCAGUCUAGCUUGGCAUCAGCAACAUUUUUACCAAAAUAUUUUAGUUCUAGUUGGAGCUUUUGUAAAUUUCAAGUACCAGGUGGCCCACAAUGUUUGUGCUCAUUUGGUACUAAUAAUAGUAUUAUAGUGAUAUGCGCCGACGGUAGUUAUUAUAAAUUUAUAUUUAAUAAUAAAGGCGAGUGUACACGUGACUUUUAUGCGCAGUUUCUUGAAAUGACCGAUGACAAGAUGUGAUCAAGUGAUGAUUUAAAUUAUUAAAUUAAAAAAUAUAAAUUAUAAUAUUUAAUGUUGAAUAACAAAAUCAACUUAAUUUAAAGACAACCGAAUCUUUGUUGAGUUGUGAAGGUGAUCGAAGUAAGGUGAUAUUUGAUUCCAACUUGAGUAUUUAAUAAUUAACUAAUUAAUUAUUAAAUAAUGUAAAGUGAUGAAUCUCUGUUAAAUUUUAUUUAUAUUUUGCCUUUGAUAACAAUAAUAAGUAUUUAAUUGAGUGCUUUUGUUAAUCGUAAAGUGCAAUUUUUUUGCUACCAAAAUCAUGUUGACAAUUAUUUGAACUACAGUUAAUGACAAUUGUUGCAAAAUAAUAUCUAUUAAAACCAUGGCCGUACUUCUUGUCAAAAAUAUAAUUUGUAUUAAUAGUUAUUGCAAAUGUACUUUAAAUAUUUUUUAAAUAUUUA